AAACUCAAUUGCAUCCCAGCUUUGAUAGUAACUCUCCAUGCAGUUUGCAUCUGUAUCUGCUCUAUCUCCCAUGGCUUCUACUCUUAACUCACCGCCAAAUCUUCACCCAACAAUGCUAAAUCCGCGACUAUAAGAAGACCUCUUAUGUUCCUACAUUUCCACCACCAAGCCUUCUUCAGCAAGAGCUAUAUCCUAUCCAUUCCAGUUCUUUGAUAAUGGCAGCUUCAAGAUCCCAUUCUUCACUCCUGCCUCUCCUGUCCAUCUUUGUUAUCCUUCUUACAAUAACUGGCCAAGCAGUUGCAGGGCGCGAUGUCCCGAAAAACACCAACAAAGAUGAGAAGAAAGAGCCUGAGUUUUUGUUUGGCCAUGAUGGCAGUUUUCUCAUUCCAGGCAUUGGGAGGGUGUUGAAACCACACAAGUUUUUUCCUUACACUUCUCCAUACACUGGUCCACGCACUGGUGGAAGUACUGGAACAGGUGCGGCUCCACGCCCUGGUGGAAGUACUGGAACAGGUGCCUCAGCACCACCAGGUCAUAACUAUGUUCCUGGUGGGGAUGAUACCUUUGUCCCAAACCCUGGUUUUGAGGUUCCAAACCCUGGCCACCCUUGAGUCUGUUUCAAGAGCUUGCUUGGAAUAAGUAUGCUAGAAUAUCUGUAUCACCAGUGUACUAGUUAUGUAUGUGUUUGUGUUUUCAGUCUACUGUGUUCUGCUAGAAGAGGGUGUAUGUCUGCAGUGCAUUCACUUUGAAUAAAGUAGCAACAAGAUCUAUGCUA